AAGCCUGCUAGUCAUUUUGUACUAGGAUUUGGAGGCAUAGGCCUAGAGGUCUGGAACGGUGGCUUUCCGGGGCUGGCUUAGCUUACUUAUACCGCCGGACGUACUUUUAAUAUUUAUAGAUUUUUUACAUGAUUGAUAUUAAUAGUAUGUCUUGUUAAAUUUUUUUUAAUGCAAAAUGUAUGUAGGCAUUCCUAAAGCCUAGGUAUAGUUUAUUCGCUGACAACUUAUUAAGUUCUCAAUGAAAAUGUGCUGAUCAUGAAUUGAUGUUGGAAUCUGUAGCAGAGUAGUACUACUACUACUACUAGUAGUAGUACAGUAAUACUCCACAAGGGAUCACUGCCACUAGCAAUUUGCAAAGAUGUAGUUACAUUUGAAUCGGUGCACUCGAUGUUAUCAUUGAAGGGACAUUUGGAGAUGAGUCAAAGAUGCGAGGAUGGCAGAUCUGAUCUUCGGUGCCAAAAAUGGGUUGUUAGAUAACGUAAAACAGCAGCUUAGAUUCGGGGUUGAUGUCAAUUACCGCGAUCAGAAAGAUGGUGCCACUGCCCUCUACUGGGCAGCUUGCAGUGGCCACGCAUCUGUCAUAUCGGUCUUGUUAGAUGCUGCUGCGGAUGUUAAUGUGACUGUCAAGUGGGGGUCAACUGCACUCCAUGCCGCAGCUGAUAGAGGUCACACAGAAUGCAUGAAGUUAUUACUUGAACAUAAUGCUGAUCCAAAUAUUCAAAACCAGAACGGAGAUGCCCCACUUCAUCUGGCUGCCUACAGAGGUUAUGAGAAAGCGUGUUUGAUUCUGUUGGAGUUCAAUGUCGACGUAACUAUUCCAAACAAAGGAGGCAAGAAUGCCCAGCAAGAAGCCCAGGCAGGCCAACAUUUUGAACUUGCUAAAAUACUAGAAGAAAAAUCAAGAGGCCGCUUGGCAGCUUCCUACCCUCAAUACCAACCAAACCGGAAAACGGCUGUAGGAAGACUGCCCUCUACUGGCUAUUCUAACAGUGAUCAGGAAUUCAAAAUGGCAGCAAAUUUCAAUAUUACGCCUAACAUAAUGGGGAAUAGUGUUGGAUUUGGAAACUUACCAAUGAGAACAGACCCAGUGUUUGGUGAUACAAGAGAUUUAUUGCCUGCGGUUCCUUCACGAAACAUGCCAGUUCAAAAGACAUUUUCUGCCCCACCCUCACCAUCAGAGAAGAUAACUACCUCAAAUAAACAAAGAGAGGGCGGUUCGCCUGGAAGUUACAUGUAUGCCAUGCAGAUGACUAAUCAGGAAGCCAAAGGAAUUAUCGAUGACCUUCAAUUGAAACUUGCAAUGGCAGAGUCUGAAAAGGAUGCUUUGAAAUCUAAAAUUGCAAAUGUUGCAGAGAAAAGAUAUUUUGAGGACAGUUCAUUAUCUCUUACAACUAUGGAGAGCAACUCUCUGCAACGUGUCAAAAAUGAGCUUUCCCUUACAAAACAAGCGCUAUCUAAGUCUGAACAAAAAAAUAAACAACUUGAAAAUGCUUUGGCUAAAAAAUCCAAUAUACAAAACCCGCUAAAUAACCUCUCAGCUAGCCCAGGAGAUAAUUCGCAAACUCCACAUAACAUAGCGAGUGCAGCAAAGAGUGCAGACUUUGGCCUGCAGCUCAUCAAGGCAAUCUCUGGGAUUGGCAAGAUGUUUUCCUCAAGAGACACAAAUUUAUUCCCGAUUAUGAGCAGCAGUUUAGAAGACAUGUCCUCCGUUACUCUGCAACUGUACCAAACAAAACUAUUAGAUCGGUUGAAAAGUGGAAAGAUUAGUCUUAAGAAAUGGCGUAACUGCAAACUGGAUAGACCUGGACAGGUGUGGACUAUGGGUCACCAGUACAAAAUUGUAAAGAAGGGACAAUUUUCCAAAACAGUCAAUAUUCUCUUAACUAGACAUACAUCAGUAGCAUUUGAAAUUCUUCAUCAUGAUAAAAAAUAUAUUAUGAAGGUUAUGCCAAAUGAGCCCGAUGUUCAAAAUAUUCAUUUUCCUGGCAGGAAUGCAGACUACCGUUCAUUUAACCCAGUGAGAAAUGAGCAAGAGGUCCUUUUGCGUCUGCCACCACAUUCAAACCUAGUUUCUGUGCUACAUCACUAUGAGAUUCCUCUCAGAAAACUUGAUUCAAACUUCAGUCACAUAAGGGAUCAAAAAACCACGAUUGCAAUUAUGCCCGAAUAUCUUAUGACAUUGUGCAAGCUAAUGGGAGUCCAACAACAGAAUCUUUCUGUACCAUAUGCGCUCUCUGAGAAUUUCUUUCAGCAGGUCCUACUACAGAUCCUCAAAGCUCUUGCCCAUCUGCAGGAUAACAGUAUUGCCCACAGGGAUAUCAAACCAGAUUGCGUUUACAUCACAGAAAGUUUACAAGUUGUGCUGGGUGGGUUUCGAAUGGCAAUGAAAUUGACAGGACCGAGUGGACAACCAAUUCAGUUUUCUAAAAGUUGCCAGAUUGGUGCAGGUAAUCCAUGGGCAUGGACACCAGAGUUGAAAAAGUGGGAGAAAGAUGGUCCACCAAAGUCUUGGGAGAGGAAGGUAUUCUUGACUCAAGUGUAUGAGAGUACGGACAUCUAUAACUUAGGAAGAAUGGUCUUCACCCUGAUGAAACACGAAAGGCCAGAGCCACAGUCUACGCCAAAUAUGAUUGCUCAUUGUGGUAUGACAGACUGGCGGGUUGUUCCUGCUGGAUAUUCCAAACCUUUCACUGAUCUGUUACAGGAGAUGUUUGCUAAGGAUCCCCAGGAUAGACCUACUGUGAAAGAAGCUAUAUUAAGGACGUCUAUGAUGCUCUAUGGACCAAAAAUUGAUGAAGUUCAAAGUCAACAGGAUUGCGACCUAUGGGUUGUAUCACAGUGUUCACGAUUGGUUGCGCAAAUGCCUGAUUUAAGAGACAGGGAUUGUAGCAACAUGGCAACAGAGGAGCUAGCUCAUGCUCUUGACUGGGAGCUUUGUACAGAUUAUCUAACAGAAGUAUCCAACAAUGAACUUUGGCAGUUAAUAUGCAGCUUGCAUCGAAGGUCUGGACACAGAAAGGAAAUGAAUACUUGAAAGACUCAACAUGGAAAUAAUACCAUGCAGUAACAGAUAACAUUUUGUGUCGCUGUGUGGAUUACUUUGUAUCAUGGGAUAGUAUUUUGUAGAGGAUGUCUGUGUUUUACAAUUGAAACGUAAACCAUACCAGGACGUACAAAAACAUUAAGGAUAUAAACAUUUAAAUGGCGUGACCUGCUAGAAUAAACACAGCCUCUUGUUGUCCGUGCAAAACAGUUGUAAAUAACGGAGCGAGAAUGUGAAUCUAGCCAAUGGCUCUGACAACAUAUCCCAUUUUUUGACAAUUAACAAACUGGAUAGAUAUGUGGUUACGGAAUUAUGAAUUCAUGGUUGACUUCCAAAUUUGAAGAUUUGAAUCUAUCCAUCUAUUAUCACUUCUGCAUAUUUUACCCUGGUUUGCUAAUGGAAUAUCAUGUUCUCAGUACAAUAGAAUUAAUUCAAGUUUAACUUGAAUACUAUGCUUAUCAUCAUUUAUCUUAUUUGUGGAAAUAACACAUUACAGUAUGUUGCUAUGUUAUAUUGCUACACUGAUUGAUUUGAUUCCAAGUUUGUAGAUCAUCUGGAAUGUAUUGUUUGUUGUUCACAUUGGAACAGAAUUUGAAUGUGUCAUGUAGAUUAAAUGCCAAAUGAAAUACAAUAUCACGUUUAGCGUAAACAGCUAUAUCUAAUAGCCUUACAGUGGUUGACGUUUAUCAUUAUCUUGAACAAUGCUCACUCUCCCAGGCAACAAUAUUACAUUAUAAGAAUGUUACAAUAACAUUACAGUUUGGUGUUAAAAACAUUAUUUGCAUAGAACCAUAUUAAGUACAUGAUUAUAAUCUAAUUUUGCAACGUCAUAAAGUUUGAACGCUCCUAAAACAUUGUGUGAAUGCUAUUUUGUAACGUACCAAACCAUAUGUAUUGUGUUAGUUGGGCUGUGACUUCCUGCUGUUUUAAUAUUUUCAAUGAUUAAUCAGAAAAAUACUGUAGAAGAUGCGCAUUGUUACUCCAUAAAAUGACUACUGUUGUGCGCCAUAAUCGAUUGUACGUUAUGUUCUUUAUUAAAACAGUUGAUUCUAUGAACUUGCAGUGGAAAGAUAGGCUGCCAUCAAUAAAGUCGCAUAAAUUAUUUCCAAACUAUUUUUCAUUUGAGUUCGAUUAAUGGGCCUGUAUGUAACACUGUCUUGCACAAUAUUGCUGAAUAAUGAAAAGGAAAAUAUAGUGGAUGCAAAUGCAAUUUGUAUUUAUGAGAAUGUAGAAAUGGAGACUGGGGAUUUAAUGUCAAAACCUAUGCUUCUGCUUUGUACAUAAUUAUAGAAAAUAAUUAUUAUAAAAUAUUAUUGUAAUAAUUAUAUAAAGGAUUAAUUAUGGUCUGUGUACCAGAUUUAUUGUGUGUUUCUGUAUGAGAUGUUAGCUAAUAACAAGUUAUCAUCUGAAAAACAAUUAUAGUUAUAAUUAUAGGUAAAAUAUUGGAAUUUAUAUAAUUUUCAUACUUAAUUACAAUGACACACAGGUGGCAGGCUCACAAGUGAAAAUUGAAUAUUUCAGUGGUAUGGUUUAUUGCAGGGGUGGGCCUAAAAAUGGGUAGAGGGGCAAACUGGAUUUUUGGUGUAACACUGAGAGCCACAAGUAAUUAUGGUUGAAAUUUGACAUUUCCAAUGUACUUGCAUAAACUACAUACACCAAAAAGUUUUAUUUUCAGUUUUAUUGUUGAGUUUUACAGAUGUUCAAUAUCGGGCUGUAACUACAGGGGGGUUUUCUAACCACAGGCGGUAGGCAAGCUACACACAUGAUAUUUAAUAUAUUUUCAUGGGCUACAAUAAAAUUGCCAUUGGGCAACAUGAGGCCGACAGGCUGCACUGUGCCCCCUGUCAUGUAUUAUAUUAUUCCCCAUAUCUGCAUGUGUUUUUAAACACCUCCAUAAUCCCUUAUGUAGUAUACUAUUAUUAUUAUUGUUGUUAUAUAUUUAUAUCAUUUCACUUGUAAUACCCAAUAUUGACAAUGAUUAACAAUAAUAUUUUAGAUAUGUACAUUGUAGGUGAUAUAUAAUAUACUUAAUUAUCAAUGAUUUUUAUAAUUCAUAAUGAAGUAUAUAGUAUACUUAAUUAUGAAUAAUCAUUAUAGUUAAUUAAGUAUAUUUUUAAUUAUGAUUACCUAGUAUUUAAAAAGAGUAAAACAAACUUGUUUAUACUGUAAGUGUCUGUAUCAGACACCUUAGUACUGUCUUAAUAAUAUCAAGAUAUUUAUCUUAGUACUUGUACUCCAGUUUAUUGGAGAAAAGUAUUUUUAAUAUAAUAAAAUAGUUGAAGUAUUAGUAAUAAGCUGUAAGUGGAUAUAUUAAUUUAAAAAUAAGAUACUGUCUGUGUUGAGGUAAGAAACUACAUGAAGUUCAAUAUUUGAAUUUCUUUGUAUAGUAGGCAAGUUGUUACAUUAAAAAUUAGAAUAAAUCUUUUUUCAUUGCCAGUCAACAGAAAUAUAAAAACAUCUGUUCUAUAUGCUUGUCUUAAGUUACCCUUAAAUUGACUGUUAAUCAAUUUUAAGUUUUUUCCUUGUAAUUAAAAGUUUGUUAGUCAGCAAACAUUGAAUUCUUGUAGUAAA